AUGGCGGGUCAUAUGAGGUUAAUGCGCAUGCAGAUAGCAGCGGCCGAGACCGAAUCGGUCCGGGUGUUCCGUCAAGCGGGUAUGGAUGUCGUGCGUCCGACCAAGACGUGGACGGUGGCUCGUGGCGCGCUCAGAUUCCAGGUCGAGAACGGACCCUUGAAGAGACUGGUGCACACGAGCGAGAACAGGACCGCGACUCUUCCUGCCUGCCUGCGGAUGGCACUGGCUCUGCGAACAUUCCCAAGGUGCAACACUAUUGGUGAGCGGCCGGACUGGUGGAAAUUUGUCGGCGACCAAAUAGAGAAUGAUAGACAGGAGCACAUGCGCGACAUGCAGUGUUUUCUCCCGAUUGUCAUGUGCGGCUAG